AUGGUGUGUAAAGGAUAUCGUUUUACUGGACCAAAUGGACGAGACGGCCCAGACGGACAGGAUGGAUCAAGAGGAGAUAGAGGAGACAACGGAGAUCCCGGAAAAGAAUGGAAAUAUGAUGUACGUGUCAAAUUAUAUGGGAAACAUGGAAAGAUAAGAAAAAUAGACGAAAUUGCAGUAGUUUGCGCUGCUGUUCUAGCGGAUGUACUGGCUAGGUUAGAUAAUACAAAUCAAGGACCACCAGGACCACCAGGACCACCAGGACCAAAAGGACCAAUAGGAUCAUUAGGAAAACCAGGACCUAACGGAAAAGAUGGAUCAAAGGGGUCUAAAGGAAUGGAAGGAAAACCAGGAAAUAAUGGACUAGAUGGACCACCAGGGUCUAAAGGAAUGCGAGGUAUGUAUCAGUAUUUGUGUAUGUAA